AUGCAUAUUUCAAUUCUUAUAUCAUCACUAUUCAUUUUUUCAAUAAAAUGUCAUAUUGAUGAACGGACUGAAUGGUCACCGUGUUCAAAUAAAUGUCAUCCUGGUUAUUCAUAUAAUAUUCGUUCUUUUGAUAAAUCAAUUGAAUUACGUAGUUGUUUAGAACAAGAUCUCGUAUGUAUAAAUGAUGAACGUAAGAAAAUUAAUGAACAACAGAAAAUAAUGCAAGAAAUUCGUCAACAAUAUCUAUCAAAAACAUUAAUUCAAAUUAUUUUUUUAUUAAAUGUAGCUAUCGGACUUACAAUAACAAUAGUUUCUAUUUAUUAUUUUCCUCGAAAUACAUCUUUAAUUACAUCAAACUAUCAGACAGAGACUUUCAAGUAA